AUUCUCUGUCCUUUUGACAUCAUAGAGGCAACUGCGACGAGCGGAAGUCCAAUCAGUUGAAAACGGACCAUUAAAGUGUACAGAUCUUUUCGCGCAAGUCAAUCAUCCGUUCCAGAUUAGAGGAAAAACACCGACGUUGUAUAAAAAGCAAACGUUUCAGCCGUCUCCAGUUGGCUGGCUUUCCCAUGUGAACCGGUCACAAGCUAUGAGGGUAUUCUUGGUUGUUGUGGUGGUGGUUUCAGUUCUCUCCAAUUUCUUGGUAGAGGAUGUUUACGCCAAAAUGAUGGCCAGAGGCUUUGGCUCUCGAUUCAGUAUCAAGUCCUCCAGCAAGCCUUGGAAUAAUCGGGGCUUCAACUACGGAGGAGUCACCAACGACUUUGAUUACUAUGACGAAGACGAUCAAGCUUACUUCGAGAGAACGGGAAAAGAGCGCCCUUGCGUGGGACUUUGCUACUAUGAAAAGCUAAAGUAUUAUCGGGAAGUAGCCAAUGGCGAACAUCAAGAGGAGGAGGUGGAUAUUGGAAGUGGGAGUGGAAGUGGAGAGGAGAUCGUCGAGGAUACAGGAAUCCCUGUAUGGAGGAAGUGGUCCUUGCGGAGGAAAUCAAGGCCUUGCAUCGGCCUUUGUCACUACAUGAAGGUCAAAGGAUUUGACGAUUCUUACGUGAAAGGGCCAUAUCGGUACGAUUGGAAAAAAGAUGAAGCUAAGACAACGGAGAAGCCGUGCGUUGGGCUUUGCUACUACUUCAAAUCCCGAGGAAUUGAGAACCCCUAUGAGUCUGAACCGUGAAGAGAUGUCAAAUUGAAUCCCAUAUGUGCUAGAUUUUCUACAACAAUAUAGUAUUUAAAAUUAAAUAUACUUUAUUCUAAGUAUCUUCUUUAUAUCCCCACGAGGGUUAUGAUUGAUUGACGGCUAAAUACAGAGUAUUGUGGUUGA